AUGCGACCAGAAGAACACAAUGGACCAUUGAUUGUUGAAAAAAAUAGUGAAUUUGUAAAGUGCUUCAAAAUGGAUGUCAAAUCUCAUCUCCUGUUAGUGGCUGGCGUGUUUUUAAGCGACGCUUGGCCACACCUGUUGUUGAAGAGAUGUGGCCUAUUGGAGGGCAAGCCUGUCUAUGCCAAUUUAACCGCAGUUGAAAUGAUUGAUGAUCCAAAUCGUGCAGUGCGGGGCACCUGUGGUAGUCGACGAAGGGGAGGAGCGUGUUUUGAGCGGGAUGACGGGAUCAGGUUGUGUGGACUACACAUGGAGAGUUUACAGAAGACUGCCAGGCUGGCAACUGAACAGAAUCAAUAUUUCACUGAUUUCACUGUUCAUGCUGUUGUUUAA